GCUUGCUGGAACUCAUUCUUUUUGUUUAUUUUAAAGGAAUUUGCUUUGUUCUCUUUAGAAAUCUUUUCAGGGAGAGAGAAAGAGAGAGGGCAUAGAUUCAGUAGCAGGAGUUUGGAUUUGUUUUAGAUGUGCUGUUAGAUUUUGGUCCAAUCACCUCUGCAACAACAAAACAAAAAACACCCUCCCUUGUUUUUCAUUUUCUUUUUUCAAAGAAAAUGGAUAUGGGUGUUAAUAUGAUUAGUUUAUUUCUUUCCCAAUGAUUGAGUUGCCUUGCACCAAGAGAAAUUUGCCUAGAAUCUCUGCUUGCUGGGAAAGGAGCAACAAACAUAGCUAGAAGAUGAAACCCAUCGGUAAUGAUGACCAGAACACCAACACCAAUAACUGGUUAGGUUUCUCUCUGUCUCCCCAUAUGAAAAUGGAGGUUCCUCAACCUCAAACACAGUCUCCCUCUGUUUCAGCCGCUACCACUGCUGGCGGUGAUGGUGGUGGUGGUGGUGGUGUUACCACUGCUGUCCCCUCCAGCUUUUUCCAACCUCCACCUGCCCUUAAUUAUGGCCUUUUUUAUGAAGGGUCAGAAAAUAAUGGCUUGUAUUCUCACUUUCCUGUCAUGCCACUCAAAUCUGAUGGCUCACUUUGUAUAAUGGAAGCUCUUGGCAGGACACAGCCACAAGCAAUGGUUACUACUCCAACGCCAAAACUGGAAGAUUUCUUUGCUGGUGCCACCAUGGGGACACAUCACUAUGAAAGCAGUGACAGAGGAGCUAUGGCUCUCAGUUUAGACAGCAUGUAUUACCACCAAAACCCAGACCAGGAACACAACAAUCAGAACUGCCUAGACAAUUUCCAACACUCAUCCAGGCAGCAGAUUCAGGCCCAGCAGUAUCAAUACUUCUCAGGAUUUAGAAAUCAGGAGAUUCUCCUAGGAGAUGAAGCUAAAGAAACCCAUGUCACAGAUUGCAAUCUGCAGCUUCCAACGAUGGGGGAUGAUGGGUCACCUGGCGUCAAGAACUGGGUUUCCAGGAACUUCCCAAGUGAGCAUGCAAUGCAACAGAAGAUGAUUGGGUGCAUGGGUGAUAAUAGAGAUGAAUCUGGGUCUAUUGGAGCAAUAGCUUAUGGGGAUUUACAGUCCUUGAGCUUAUCCAUGAGCCCUGGCUCCCAAUCAAGCUGUGUAACUGGUUCACAACAAAUCUCUACUGUCACUGAUUGUGGAGUCAUGGAGACAAAGAAAAGAGGGCCUGAGAAGAUGGAUCAGAAACAGAUUGUUCAUAGGAAGUCCAUUGAUACUUUUGGUCAGAGAACCUCUCAAUAUAGAGGCGUUACAAGGCAUAGGUGGACUGGAAGAUAUGAAGCACAUUUAUGGGACAACAGUUGCAAGAAAGAAGGUCAAAGCAGGAAAGGAAGACAAGUUUAUCUGGGGGGUUAUGACAUGGAAGAGAAAGCAGCAAGAGCUUAUGAUUUAGCUGCACUCAAGUACUGGGGACCCUCAACUCAUAUCAAUUUUCCGUUGGAAAAUUACCAAAAAGAACUUGAAGAAAUGAAGAACAUGACAAGACAGGAGUACGUUGCUCACUUGAGAAGGAAAAGCAGUGGAUUCUCAAGGGGGGCCUCAAUGUAUAGAGGAGUGACAAGACACCAUCAACAUGGAAGAUGGCAAGCUCGGAUUGGUAGAGUUGCUGGAAACAAGGACCUUUAUCUGGGGACGUUUAGCACUCAAGAGGAAGCAGCAGAAGCUUAUGACAUAGCGGCUAUAAAAUUUCGUGGGAUAAAUGCUGUAACCAACUUUGACAUAACAAGGUAUGAUGUGGAACGAAUCAUGGCGAGCAAUACCCUUCUAGCUGGAGAACUUGCCAGGCGAAACAAGGACGUAGGACCUGGCAAUAAGGCAACUAAUCACAAUUCCUUAACCGAUAACAGCAAUGGGGAAACCAUAAUCUCUCCAAAGAACAAUGAAGGUGAACCAGACUGGAAAAUAGUCCUCUACCAGUCCUCCCCGCAACUUGAGCAGGAACAGCCAAAUAUUGUUGAAAACUACAAGACUCAGCCUUUCUCAUUGGCACCAAACAAUGUGGUUGGCAUUGAUACAAUCAACUCAGCACAGCUGGAGGUGGAAGACUCAGCUAAAAUGGGCACUCACUUGUCCAAUGCUUCAUCACUAGUGACUAGCCUGAGCAGCUCAAGAGAAGGCAGUCCUGAUAGAACCAGCCUACCAAUGCUAUUUUCCAUGCCUCCCCCAGCAGCAUCCAAGCUGUUCACUAGCCCAGAAAGUACUGUGAAUUCUUGGAUUCCUUCUACCCAGCUUAGGCCUGCACUGUCCAUGCCUCAUAUGCCAGUUUUUGCUGCAUGGACAGAUGCAUAGUCUCACUGCUUUGGUAUAGUAGCUGAAAGGUUUUAUUAAUUUGCAUGGAACAAAAUGGAGGGAAAGGGACAUGUAUGGUCUUUGUGGGGUUUUGUUAGUGGGGAAAAUCAAGUAGUUAGUGGAGCUCUAUGUGGGACCUGUCCUGUUGUCAACAAGAACAAAUUUUAAAAUCUUCCUUUUAGCAUCUCUUAUGAGGAUCUUGAAAGAAAUGGUGGAUAUGGAG